GCGAGUUCUUGACCACCCUCGAGAGAAGGCAACGUGACUGUGUAGUCGGAGUUGUUGUGUCGCAGCGAUGGCUGUUAAAGAAGAAGGUCCUGUGUCUGCGCCUAAAAACCUGCUCUCGUUGAACCCAGAAGAAGAGUUUGAAUUUCAGCAGAAAGUUCGGAACAUUAAGAGUCAGUCUAAAAAGCACGAAAAACUGACACCUGGAGUGAUUUGCUUGAGACGCAUACCACAAGGCUUUUAUGAGAAAGAAAUCCGGGAAUAUUUCAGCCAGUUUGGCAAAGUUGUACGGCUUCGUUUGUCAAGAAGUAAAAAGACUGGACGCAGCAAAGGCUAUGCUUUUCUGGAGUUUGAAUGUGAUGAAGUGGCAAAGAUUGUGGCAGACACAAUGAACAAUUACCUUAUUGGUGAACGACUUUUGAAGUGCAAUGUCAUUCCACCCGAAAAAGUCCACCCAACCCUUUUUAAAGGAUGCAAUACAAUAUUUAAGAAGCCAUCACUUCCUGCUGUUUCACGCUAUAAUAAAGUACGCACAGCUGAGCAGAAUUCAAAAAUGACAAAAAAGCUUCUCCAGAAGGAACAUCAGAAGAGGAAGAGACUGGCUGGGAAGGGGAUAGAUUAUGAUUUUCCAGGAUUUGCUGAACAAAUACCAGAAAAAAAGAAACCGGAGACUGAACAAAAUACAUCUGUAAAUAGUGAGGACACAACUCCUUUAUGCACGCCAUCUGUACUGGAACGCAGAAAAUCCAUGGUGAUUGAAAAUGACGACAGUGAUGAAGAUGAUGAGAUCAUAAUUAACUACCCUGUGCAGAAGAAGCUGAAAGGAGAAGCAAAAAAAGCCAGAUAGACGCGGACUAUAAAUGAACUAUGGACGGUGUUGAGCUGUGCACAUUGGGGCACAAAGUAGUUCACAUUUUCAAAAAAGUUAAAAGAUCUUUAAAAUUGAAAGUACUUCCAUUCAGUUUGGAAGUUUGGUUUAGGUACAGUAAAAGUGUAAAAAAACAAUUCUACUCCAUGGACCUUUCUUCCCCCUCAAAGCCCAGUACACUGAGAAGUGCCAAAGAAAGACGUACCGUUUAAGGGACUGUCACAGAUUGAUGGUGGAACGCUUUCAGGUGACUAGAGAAAAACUUGGGAUGUAAUUGAAAAAGAGGCCCGUGAAUCAUAAAGUACCUUAACAAAGAUGACUGUGCCACUGAAAACAGCGAGAAGGACUGAAAGAAAUGGCAUAUUUAUAAAAGGCAGCCAAAGAAAUGCAGAAUAAGCCUGUUCAGUACAAGAAUGGCGGUUUGUGGUAACGUCGCGCACCGUUUGAGGUGGAGACUUGAGGCAGACGAUCUGCAGGAUUCCUUGAAACUUGACUGGCCCAUCGCAGACAGCUGGUCGUCAUCUCUGCCAUUUCAACAAAACCAAUGUAAAAAUAUUAAGAUUAAAACUUGUGAACGCUUCCUCUACUCUGCCAUACGUCCACCAUCUCAUUCUUACUUUUAAUUGGCCUGUAGAUAUUUCAGAGAAGUUAGUAAAUCUCUUUAUUCUUUGUCAUAUGUUUUAAAUACUAGCUUUUCUAUGGCCGUUUUCUUUCUCAUUUACCCAUUGGACAACACUGCAGUCUUUAGGUAAAAUAGAAAUGCAGUGGUACCUCGGGAUACCUCCACUUUAGAAUAAGUCCAACUUGGUAUACGUCCUGUUUGGACACGAAACAUUUUGUUUGGAAUACGACUGGCAUGCUUGAACACGGCGCGCUACCCUUGUUUACCUCUUGAGAGAGAAAGCCACGACUGCCCACGAGCGUCCGUACGCCAGUUGCUAGUAUUCAGUGAUCAACCCUCGCUAUAACUCUGUGAAUUUCCAUGUGAUUUUGUGUUUUUUGUGUAAAUUUGAAUUGAUUGUUGAAAAGUAUGAAGGUGGCAUGCGUAUCUGGGACUUGGCUGCUGCAUACCGUAUGCUGAGAAUGAUGGUAUCUACGAUUGUGAAAAACAAAGACGUUAUUAAAAAGUAAAGUGAGGUUAAA